GCGGGGGGAAGAUGUAGCAGCCUCUUCUCCGAACCACCCCUUUGCCUCCGGACUUCUCUGGGGCCAGCAGCCGCCCGACCUGGGGCCCGGGGCCACGGGCUCAGCCGACGACCAUGGGCUCGGUGUCCAACCAGCAGUUUGCAGGUGGCUGCGCCAAGGCAGCGGAGAAGGCGCCCGAGGAGGCGCCGGCUGACGCGGCCCGGGCCGCAGACGAGCCGCAGCUGCUGCACGGGGCCGGCAUCUGUAAGUGGUUCAACGUGCGCAUGGGGUUCGGCUUCCUGUCCAUGACCGCCCGCGCCGGGGUCGCGCUCGACCCCCCGGUGGACGUCUUUGUGCACCAGAGUAAGCUGCACAUGGAGGGCUUCCGAAGCCUCAAGGAGGGUGAGGCAGUAGAAUUCACCUUUAAGAAGUCUGCCAAGGGUCUGGAAUCCAUCCGUGUCACUGGCCCUGGUGGAGUGUUCUGUAUUGGGAGUGAGCGGCGGCCAAAGGGGAAGAACACGCAGAAACGAAGAUCCAAAGGAGACAGGUGCUAUAACUGCGGUGGCCUAGACCAUCAUGCCAAGGAAUGCAAGCUGCCACCCCAGCCCAAGAAGUGCCACUUCUGCCAAAGCAUCAACCAUAUGGUGGCCUCAUGUCCACUGAAGGCCCAGCAGGUCCCCACUUCUCAGGGAAAGCCUGCCUACUUCCGGGAGGAGGAAGAAGAGAUCCACAGCCCCGCCUUGCUCCCAGAAGCCCAGAAUUGAGGCACCGGAGCGGGGGCUGUUCUUUUGCUAUUGGGGAGCUUGAAGGAGGAGGCAUCAAUCGACAGAGUGGAGAAAGUGGGGGAUAGGGUGGGUUUGUGGGUAGCUGGCUGGGUUUCCCAGUAUCACCCUGCCUUCCCUUGGUGGGGGGAAAGGGAGAGGCAAUGGAAACUCCAACCAUACUUAUGUGAAUGCAAGUGAAGGCUUUUGUGGACAGCCACCCUAGAACUUGUAUGCUUUAGCUGAGGCUUUAACCUAAAACGACAUGCUUUUGAAAGUGGCUGGGAUAGGCAAGUUCUUCUGUAGAAGACUGUGAUAGUUCCACUUGCCAGACAGGGUGUGAAACAAGUGUAAGACCACAUUAAUGAACCUAACCCCUCCCUCCCCACAGGCUACUCUGUUCUGUGGGAGGGAUUCUUCAGGAGCCAGGCAAGGUUUCUUUCACAUCUAGCUUGUUCAUAACCCAGUCCUGGGAUGCGGUGCCAGGAAUGGUAUCAGUAUCUAGCAACGGGUUGUGAUGACAGGCAGAGGGUGGUUGAGGGGACGGGGCAGUUGCAGACCUGCUGUUGCUACCUCACUCCCAGCACGUUCUGGGCCAAUGUGAUUUUUAAUUUAUUUGCUCCCUUGGGUAACUGCACCUUGGAUCCCACUUUCUCCAGGAUGCCAACUGCACUAUCUGUGUGCGAAUGACGUAUCUGUGCGUUUUAAUUUUUUUUUCUUAAUAUAAAUAAUCAGUUUGUAUUUUUGUAUAUUUUAAUCUAAGGCCCUCAUUCCUGCACUGUGUUCUCAGGUACACGAGCAAUCUCAGGGAUAAGUCCACAAGCAGCUCCAGGUCUGCACAGCAGGAAUACUUUUUGUUUUGAUCACCAUGGAGACCAACCAUUUGGAGUGCACAGCCUAUUGAACUACCUCAUUUUUGCCAAUUACAGAUGGCUUUUCUGCCAUAUAGUCCUUAAAACCUCCGUCCACCUUAAAAUGUUUCACAGGAGGCUAGGUUUUAAUUAGGCUACCCGUGACUUGAUCUCGGGCUUUUUUUUUUUUUUUUUUUUUUUUGCAAAAGAUAGGGAAUUAAUCUAAACAGGAAAAGAUGGUACAGAGAGAGAUGUCAAAAGGCUGGGCCAGGUGAAAGGCACAAGAGUAAUUUUCCAUCCCAAAUCCAUCUCACCAGAUUAGUCGAAGCCUGCCAUACACAGCAGGGUGUGAGUGUGCGUGUGUGCGUGCGAGUGUGUGUUGGUUUUUUUUUUAAUGCAAAUUUAUGAGGAUGAGGUUUUCUGUUUGUUUUGAUUGUUUUUAGAUACUGGGAUUGAACCUUGGGCCUCAUUUGUGCUAGAACAUAUCCUGCCUCUGAGUUCUCCUGGUAAGGAUACAAUUUAAGGCCAACACCCUUAUUACCAUACCACACUGUGCUGUCUAGGGAUGGGGACGGGAAACUUAAAUCCUAGCCUUUCAUAAGCUUGGCUUCCAGAGAGAUCCCUGGAGCGUGGGCCUCUGGCAAGUGUCCCGCCCUGCUGCAGUGGUCAAUAGCUAAAGGAAAAAAGAGGGGUUUCGUUUACAUGUGAGAUCACCGCAAACCUACCUCACUGUGUAGAAACGGGACAAAUGCAAUAGAACACAUUGGGUGGUGUGUGUCUGAUCCUGGUUUCUUGUCUCCCCCAAAUGCUGCCCCCCCUAGUUAUUGUAUUGUCUGGCCUUUGUAGGACUUUACUGUCUGAGUUGGCGGUUGCUAGGUGCUCUAGUUGUGUAAAUAUAAUGUGUUGGUCUUCAUGUUCUUUUGGGGUUUUAUUGUUUACAAAACUUUUUGUAUUGAGAGAAAAAUAGCCAAAGCAUCUUUGACAGAAAGUUCUGCACCAGAUGGCUGCAUCUGAAACCUACGUGUGGUCCUUCUCAAAGUGAGCCUCUGGAACCAUGGCUCCCCUUCUCUUCUCCUUCCCCUGUCUCCCAUUCUGAUUACAUCUUUCUGACCUUAAAACAGCUCCAAUGUUACCCUCUUCUCCCUCAUGAGAAAACUUACAUUUACUUCUUGGAGUGUCUGUACAACUCUUGAAUGACCCACAUAGAAAUUCUGAAGAAUCCAUGAACCUCACUCUCCCCUUGUUCCCAAACUCAGUCAAGAGUUUGGGUUGGUUGUUUUGAGACAGGGUCUCACUCUGUAGCCCAGGGUAGCCUCAGAUUCCUGGCUGUCCUCCUGCCUUAGCCUCCUCAGUGCAGGGAUGGCAGGUGAGCCACUUCUCCCUAGCAAGACCAUUUCUUAGUGUGAUUCACUUUUGGAUGGAUCAAACUGACUUAAUCCACGACCCUUAGGUAGAGAGAAGCAAUUGUGGGGCCUUCCAUUUGAAGACCAGAAAAGGGAAUAUGAAUGUAUAAGUCAAGUCACUCAGGAACUUAAUGCCGGUGCAAGAAACUUAUGUCAAAGUGGCCACAAGAUUGUUACUAGGAGACGGACGAAUGUAACUCCAUGUUUACUGCUAGAAACCAAAGCUUUGUGAGAAAUCUUGAAUUUAUGGGGAAGGGGGUGGGGAAAGUGUGUACUUGUCUGUCCUUUCCCUGAUUUCCUUCUCUGUCCUGAACUGCAGGAGACUGAGCCCCCUUGGGCUUUGGUGGCCCCACCACUGGGGUGUUUAUUUCAUGGUUGAUUUUUACUGUACCCGGGUACUUAUAUUCCUAUCGUAUAAUCAUUUUGUAACACAUGCUGACUUUCCCUUUCCUUCUUCCCUGGGAAAAUAAAGACUUAUUGGUACUCAAA